AUGACCUCCGAGUAUAUCCUGCGGCAGAAGAACGAUGACAUUGCCGUUUCCCGAAUUUUAGCUUCCUCAGUGAUUUUCUGCGAUUUCAGUAAAGAAUUUCGAAAAUAUCGUUCGAAAAAUCCAAAAAAAUCCUUCACUCAUCGAAAGGGGCGUUUGAGCUACACGAAAUGCUACCUUGCUAACGUCCAUCUUUACUUGGCUAAUGGUGGAGUAACUUCCAUGGCGCCGUUCUUGAAGAAGUUUUUCCCCGAAGUGUACGCAAGAAUGAAAGAGGACACUCGGAUUAGCAACUACUGCAAAUUCGACAGUCAACUCUUGACGUUAUUCACUUCCUCACUGUAUUUGGCAGGUUUAAUUUCUUCAUUCUUUUCGUCUUUCGUAAAUCGAGCUUAUGGCCGAAAGCCAACGAUAAUAUUUGGAGGAGCUGCAUUUCUUGCCGGGGCCGCACUUAACGGUGCAGCUGUCACCAUAUAUAUGCUGAUUUUCGGCAGAGUUCUUCUCGGAGUUGGUGUUGGUUUUGCAAACCAGGCAGUGCCCUUAUACCUUUCAGAAAUGGCACCUCCCAAAUACAGGGGAGCCUUCAACAACGCCUUCCAGCUCACCGUAGGCAUAGGCGCCCUAUCCGCAAACCUAAUCAACUAUGGCUCGGAAAAAAUAAAAUCCGGCUGGGGUUGGCGGCUCUCGCUGGCCCUAGCUGCAGUCCCAGCCUCCGUCUUAACGUUAGGCGCGAUUUUCCUCCCUGAGACCCCAAACAGCCUAAUCCAGCGCGGCCACAAUCCCGAGAAAGCCAAACGGACCCUACAACGAGCCCGUGGCAUGCACGACGUCCAGCCCGAGCUCGACGACCUCAUCGAGGCCAGCCGAAGCUCGAAAGACUCGGGAAAUUCCUACUCGAAAAUCUUGCGGAAGAAUUACCGGCCCCAGCUCGUGAUGUCGGUAGCCAUCCCGUUUUUCCAGCAGGUGACGGGGAUCAACGUGAUUGCGUUCUACGCACCGAUUCUCUUCCGGACGAUCGGUUUUGGUGAGAGCGCAUCUUUGCUGUCGAGCGUGAUGACGGGCGUCGUUGGCAUUUUCACGACUCUUUUGUCGAUGGCUGUCGUGGAUAGGUUCGGGAGGCGUUUUUUGCUGAUGAGUGGUGGACUGACGAUGUUGGCUUCGCAGGUUGCGGUUGGGGUGUUGAUGGGAGCUGAAUUGGGGGACAAGGGACGGUUGAGCAGAGGGGAUCUAUGUGGCGGGGUUUGGGGUGUCGUGGGGCCCACUGGGAUGGUUGAUCCCGAGCGAGAUUUUCCCACUGGAGAUUCGGGCAGUGGGGCAGAGCGUGACGGUUGGGGUGAACUUCUUGUUCACGUUCUUGGUCGGGCAGAUGUUUUUGUGGAUGUUGUGCCGAAUGAAGGCAGGGAUCUUCCUAUUUUUCGGGGGGUGGGUGGCGAUUAUGACGUGUUUCGUGUAUCUUUUGCUGCCCGAGACGAAGAACGUACCGAUCGAGCAAAUGGAGAGGGCUGUGGGGCAGAGUUUUUUGGUAGGGGUGAACUUCUUGUUCAUGUUCUUGGUGGGGCAGAUGUUUUUGUGGAUGCUAUGCAGAAUGAAGGUAGGGAUCUUCCUGUUUUUCAGGGGGUGGGUGGCGAUUAUGAUGUGUUUCAUGUAUUUUUAGCUGUCGGAGAUGAAGAACGUGCCGAUCGAGCAGAUGGAGAAGGUGUGGAGAGAGCUCUGGUUCUGAAGAAGAAUUGUAGUUGUUAA